GAUUCUAAUUGCAGCACAGCCGUCCAGAACCGAAUGUUACGGCCAUCAAAACCGGGCACAAAAUACAAAUUGGCAACAGCCCCGGUUCACCAAUUCUCAUAAUCCCCACCAGCGGCACUGACAGCAGUUGCUCAGCCUCGGGAGCCUCAGCAGGAAGGCAGAAUAAAACCCAGUCUCAUCGCAGCACCUGUGCAAAAUGAAGACACUCCUGAGGGGUGUGAGGUUGGCACCAAUGCGAUUAUAUACGCUGUCCAAACGACAUUUUGUCCUGGUCUUUGUGGUAUUCUUUGUCUGUUUUGGUUUGACAGUCUUCAUAGGAAUAGCAGGUCCCAAUGUAAUUGAAACUUCUGUAGCAAGAACUGACCUAAAUAACAGCAUAAAGCUGAAGCCUUUUAAUUUAAGUUCGCCACCACUGUCUACUUAUAACCAGCAGCUGUGGCUGACCUGUGUAGUUGAGUUGGAUCAGCAUGAUGUAUCGCUCAAAAAGAAUGUUACUAUGACAGUAAAAGUGCUUGGGGUGGUGAAAGAUGGAAGCGCGCCCUAUGUUAAUAAUCGAGUUCACAACCGGACAAGGCUGCUCAGCUGUGCACAGAAAUGCAGCGAAAUCAUUGUUGCUCACCUCGGCUACCUGAACUACACUCAGUACAACAUAUUUGUUAGUUUUGAAGAUCUAAAUAAGUUAACAUAUGCCAUACAGAAUAUUACUUUCACAUGGAAAAUGUACAAUCCAACGUUUUCACAAGUAGAAAUCUGGUUCCGAUUUGUCUUCGUAGUUCUCACCUUUAUGGUCACGUGUCUGUUUGCACAUUCUCUACGAAAAUUCUCCAUGAGAGACUGGGGUAUCGAACAGAAAUGGAUGUCUAUCCUCCUUCCUCUCCUCCUGCUUUACAACGACCCAUUUUUCCCCCUUUCUUUCCUGGUGAACAGUUGGUUUCCUGGAAUGCUGGAUGACCUAUUCCAAUCACUGUUUCUGUGUGCGCUUUUAUUGUUCUGGCUUUGUGUCUACCAUGGUAUAAGAGUACAGGGAGAAAGGAAGUGCUUAACCUUCUAUCUGCCCAAAUUCCUUAUUGUGGGACUGCUGUGGCUUGCUUCUGUUACGUUAGGAGUAUGGCAAACUGUUAAUGAAGUACAUGAUCCUACAUAUCAAUACAGAGUUGACACAGGUAAUUUCCAGGGAAUGAAAAUCUUCUUCCUUGUAGUGGCAACCACAUAUAUUCUCUACCUUCUGUUCCUGAUAGUGAGAGCAUGUUCAGAACUCCGUAACAUGCCUUAUGUUGAUCUCAGGUUAAAAUUCUUGACUGCAUUAACCUUCGUAGUGCUCGUCAUUAGCAUUGUUAUACUCUAUCUACGCUUUGGAGCACAAGUUCUUCAGGACAACUUUGUUGCUGAGCUGUCAACUCAUUAUCAGAAUUCAGCAGAGUUCUUAUCAUUUUAUGGUUUACUGAACUUCUAUCUCUACACGUUAGCCUUCGUGUAUUCCCCCUCGAAGAAUGCACUAUACGAAUCGCAGUUGAAGGAUAAUCCUGCUUUUUCAAUGCUGAAUGAUUCAGACGAUGAUGUGAUUUAUGGGAGCGACUAUGAAGAAAUGCCACUUCAGAAUGGCCAAGCUAUUAGAGCCAAGUUUAAAGAGGAAUCGGACAGUGACUGAUGGAGUGAUUUUGAUACAGACUUGUUCAGCUGGAAUUAAAGAUAUCUUGAAGUUUUCCUAGAGGGACCACUUCCUUGGAUUAUUUACAGUCUGCUGUCAUCUGAACAAGGAAUUCCAGAAGGGUGUUCUGCUUCUGUUUACAGAGGUAAAGCUGAAAAGAAUGCUUGAAAAGGUUGUGGUGGGAACUCAAGGAAACCAAAAUUUAUAUGCAUCUUAUAAAAUGCCUGAUGGCAGGAUGUCUCUGGACUAACGUUUAAGUCUGUGUCCAUUUCAAGGUGUCACAGAUCAUGUACUGAUUUUAAAAUUGCUUCUUUGCUGCUUGGUGGUUUGUCAUUGUUCCCCCUCCCAUUAGGAUAAUGUAGAACAGAGCAUCUUAAACCUCUUGCGUUUUUGCUAGCUCCUUUUCUGUUGUUCACUGCUGUAUGAAGUGCCUCUUUUUUUUCCUUUCAGUUUUCUACCUUAGUCAUUUGGGCUGGAGGCAGGGAAAGAUGUGCUUUAAGGUUCUCCCCUCUGCCUCCAUUUUUUUUUUAAAUUUAUUUUAUUUUUAGAAAUACAGGAAAACAAAAGCUUCCCAUUCCUCCUAAGAGGCGGUAUAGACUUCAUACCAUUCUUUUAAUUCGUUUAAAUGGAUUUAGCAGAUACGUUCUAAGUGUGGGAUAUGUGCAAAUAGUCAAGUUCUAGUGAGCAAAAAUGGGCUGUGGUCCAAAGUUAUUUGCAUGAUACAGGUUUCAUAGCGUGCUUUAUCACCCCAGCAAACCAGUUUGUUUUGUUGUUGGGUUUUUUUCCAGCAGCCCUUUCAACAGAAAAUAUUUAGGCAGCAAUAAACCUCAGAAGGAAGUCAGAACAUUUGCGUGUGUGUGUUCUGGAGGAGAUUGUUACACUUACAAGAAUAUAGUAUAAAGUUCCGUGGAGAAGUAUGACUUCAUAUUUCCAAACAUUUCAUUUUAGAUGCUUUUUCUACAUCAGGCUUUUUCAGGAAGUUGUAUUUGUUGGCAGUUAACGUGCAUUCUGGGAACAAUUACGGGUGCUGAUGCCUCCAAGUUGCUUAACAGCUUUUGAGCACGUUCUGUGCAUAGCUCAACUUCUCUGUCAUGCCAUAGUUGCCAGCAGUACUGCUUGGAAUUUUCACCCAUAUGUUUUAUGGUUCUGUAUUCCAGUUUGUGCUGGAACAGUUAUUUGGGAAUGCAGCAUUCCUCGUAUAGUGCUGCUUCUUCUAGUGCUGCUGCUUCUCUGUUUGAAAGCAGUUUUUCUCCCACACUAACGUUCAGCUCUAUAUUUAUGUGGAUGCUGUUGGUUUCCAACUGCUUCUGUAUUUUCAGGGACUUGACCAGUCUCUUUAAAAAAUAGAUUUAUAACCAUGAUGUACUUUUGUAACAUUUCUCUGCCCUCUUACUGUAGAAAAGAUUUAUUAGGCAGAAAAUGGUGCUGGCUUAUACUAGUAAAUCAUGCUUAUGACAGAACUAGUCUAAGCAGAGCAGUGCAAUGAAGUUGUACUAAGCUUACUGAAUCACACUGGGGGGGGAGGGGGUAGAUUUAUUCUGCAUUUGUGCAGCUGGUUUAGGCUGUUGCAGCACAAUAUCAUCCUUGUAGCUGUUCGAGAGCAUUAAGGGAAGACUUUGCAGGGUAGCGGUUUACUUACAGAUGAUCAAAGGAACCGCUUCACGUGGUUGCAAAUCUGUUGUCAUAAAAAAUAGUUGAGAUUUAAAUCUGCACUCUGUUAGAGAGAUGUGGUAAGAUUUUAUGCGUCUAUGUAAUAUGUAAUUUUUGAGGAUGUUUGGAAUAUACAGCUUUGUGUACCAAGUUAUUGUUUGUUAGAAGCCAAAGCACUAUUGUAUGGCUAAAGCAAGGAAACAGGGUGAAGGGGGCCGGGAAGAAAGGGUCGAGGGAGAGAGAGAGUUUUUAGUUUUGUUGUUAAUUGGUGUCCAUUUAGAAGAACAUGCAGGGAAACAUUACAGAGAUGUAUCAAGUUGGUGGGUUUUUUGUUAACAAACUCUAGGAAGCCAUACUUCCAACAUUUUCUUUUAGACAUUUUUAACCUCAAAGAGAUGAUCCUAAUCUCAUAUUAUUCCUUAUGUGAUCUUCUUGGGGCUUACAGUUGUUUGAAUUUGCACAGUUAUGCUCCAAAACCAACCAGACGUUUGUUGCGUACCCCAGGCCCCUUUCACUUGCACUGAAGUGAGUACAGAAAUUAGGUUUUCAAAACUUCAUGUCCUUACCUAUUCAAACCUUUUUGACUGCCGUAUUGUUUAAUUCUGAGUUGUAAGAUACUUGAUUUGACAAUGUGUGCAAAGUGUACUGUUUAUUAUCACAGUCUGAGCUGGUUGUUACAGUCAAACCUCAAGUACAGUGUCAUUGCCUAAAACUAUUUUAAAUAUAAGUGUUCAAGGCCAGGUUGGAUGGGGCCUGGGGCAGCCUAGUCUAGUAUUGAGCUGGGAGGCUGGUGGGCCUUGCCUGUUGCAGGACGUAGGAGAUUUGUGAUCCUUGAGGUCCCUUCCAACCUGGGUCAUUCUGUGAUUAUUUCUAAGUUGUUCUCAGCCUGUUGCACUUGCCCCUUUGUCUACCUUAACUUUUCCACAUAACUACCUUUGAAAUGAAAGUUGGGAAGCUCAGAUGGAGAUAUAGGUGCUUCAAGUUAAGUGGCCCACUAUAAAAAUAACUUGUUAAUUUCCUUUAGAGAUCGCCUAAGCAGCGUUUACCAUACAAAACAGUAAUAGCAAGCUUGACUGGAGAACUGUCAUAGGAAAUACUAUUCAUAAUGGAAAAAGUGAAGCAGAUCUGCUAGCAAGAUAUCUCAACUUCACUCCCCUUAUGGUACUUGAGGUACUUGCAAACAGCUUGGGAGUAGGUGGCGUAAAUUCACCACCAAGUAAUGGAUUGUAACCUAAGGAUAAAACAGGAGAGAUCUGGAUACGAAGCCAGGUUAGGCACUAUUUUUGUUAAAAAAUAGUUCCCUAUCAGAGCUUGAAAAACAGUUACCACAGAUGUAGUGCUGCUGCUCUCCAGGAGAUGCCUGCUAGUAAGUAACUGCAAGACUUCUGUGUCCAUUGUGAUCAAGAUGGGACUUCCAAGGAAGGAAUCAGUUAUAGUUGAGUAUGAACCCAUUCACGGCAGCUGUUUUCCACAGCAUGCGCUUUAAAUGGAGUCGGUGUUAGGAGUGGUUGGAAACUUUCCUGGUACUGGCAAAGAAUAAGUAGCAUAAGGUUCAACAUAUGUAAGGAAGUCCAGCAAACCUAUGAAACUGAUGUUGUUUGAAAAAAGAAAAUGAAGGAUGUUUCCAGCUAGGAAAGACUUUAAUCUAUCUCCUACCUCUGACCCAAAAGACAGCUUUGUAUCCAGUCACCUAGUUUUCACCCACUUCCUUUUGUGUAUGCCAGUAAGAAACUUUGCAUUACUGUAAAAAUUUUUUUUUAAGAGGUUUGUAAAUAUGUAAAAUGAAGCUGAAAUAUGGAGUAUUUGUGUACCAAAAUGGUAUAAUACGUGUAAGAUAAAUGCUCUGUUUAAUGAGAAGCUGUAAAUUAAAUGCUGCUUUGACAAAGCGUGCAUGGGCCCAUGUUAAAUAUUCUGUGUCUAGAGGUUGUAUUAAGGACAGCAAAUUAUCUGUUAAGUUGGAAAGCAUCAUCCUAGUCUUGAAUACAAACCAAAAAACACUACUUCAAGCAGGAGUUGAGAAUGGAGUUUCUUGGAAGGCUUCACGUGCAUAAUCGUUGUUAAAUAUGUUCAUAAUAAAGUUUUGUAUCUUUA